AUGCCGGAAACAUGGGAAAACUGGAACUGGUCCACCAACUACCCGGCAUACGACGAGAUCCGGGCCUAUUUUGACCACGUUGUCAAGGUCCUGGAUGUGCGCAAAGACUGCGCGUUUGGUACUGUCGUCGUGGGGGCCGACUUUAACCCCAAGUCGGGCCGAUGGCACGUCACCACAGAGGACGGUCGCCAGGCCACGGCCAAGUACCUGAUUGCUGCGACAGGGUUUGCUGCAAAGCGGUACAUCCCGGAGUGGCCGGGGAUUGACAAGUUCCGCGGUGUCAUUCACCACUCCUCCUUCUGGCCUGAGGAGGGCGUUGACGUCCGUGGCAAGCGCUGCGCAGUGAUCGGUACCGGAGCUUCGGGGGUGCAAGUCACCCAGGCUUGGGGGCCGGUGGCUGCGAACCUGAAAGUCUUCCAGCGCACCCCUAACCUGGCAAUUCCCAUGCGCCGGAGAGACCUGACAAUUGAGGAACAGGAACAGCUCAAGCGCGUGUAUCCUCAGCUCUUCAGUCUGCGCGAGAAGACUUUCGGCGGUUUCUGCUAUGAUUACUCAGAGAAAGGCGCGUUUGAGGACAAUGAGAAGGAGCAGGAGGAGUUCUUGGAAAACAUCUGGAAGGAAGGCGGUUUUCGAUACUGGGUUGCCUCUUACAAGGACUAUCUGUUUGACCCACGUGCGAACCGAGUCGUUUACGACUUCUGGGCUCGUAAAGUGAGGGAGCGCAUCCAUGAUCCUGCUACUCGCGACCUGCUGGCCCCUGUCGAGCCACGGCACCCCUGGGGCGUUAAACGGCCCAGCCUUGAAGUCGACUACUAUGAACAGUUCAAUCGUCCGACAGUGGAACUGGUCGAUAUCAAAGAUAAUGCGAUCGUCGGGUUCACGGAAACUGGGAUCCAGCUCGCCGACGGGACCCAUCACGAGGUUGAUGUCAUCUGCGUCGCCACCGGAUUCGACGUGUCGACUGGAGCAUUGGUGAAGAUGGGACUGCGUAGUGUGGACGGCUCUUAUCUCAAGGAUGAAUGGGCUUCCACCGUCCAUACCUACCUUGGACUGACGAUCAGCGGGUAUCCCAAUCUGUUCCACAUGUAUGGCGCACAGGCCCCCACCGCGUUGUGUAACGGCCCGACAUGCGUGCAGGUCCAAGGACGAUGGAUAGUCGAUGCCAUAAAGCAGAUGGAACGACGGAGAAUCAAGUCAAUCAACCCUACAGCAGCUUCUUCCCAUGCAUGGAAGCAUCGGAUCAACGAACUGUCCGACCAGACACUGUUCCCGACGACGCGAUCCACGUAUAUGGGGGGCACAAUUCCGGGCAAGCCUUUCGAGCAGCUGAAUUAUACCGGAGGGGUUGCAUCUUAUCUGCAGGAGAUCCGGGCGGUAUUGCCGGACUUUAGGGGGUUUCACAUCGUGAAGCCUGAAUAG